AUGGACGACUUCUUCAUGAAGGACGGCGCAGCUGCCUCCAGAGGCUCUUCGUCACGGCAAGGAAACAAUACUGUCCAUCGUAAACGUCAAAGGCCUCAGCAAUCUGGAGCUUCGAGCAAUAAGUCAAACACACAGAAUCAAGGCCUGAAAAAAAAACUCAGACGCAACGACCAACACGUGGAUGGUGAUUCUGGAGACGACGAUCAGGAUAUCGAUAAUGUAGAUUUGACUAGCAGAAGCGCUUAUGCUCCUCCUUCCGACGAGGAAUUGGAUGAUGAAGACGAUCCAGAUCAAAUUGGAGAAACCCCAACUCAAAAGAGACUGAGGCUGGCUAAAGCUUAUAUUGAAAAGAUCAAAGAAGACGUUGCUGACGCUGACGAUGUUGAUGCUGAACAAUUGGACCGUGACCUUAUUGCUGAAAGGCUGCAGCAUGAUGCUCUCGAGUCAGCCAAGAAGGCUUUUAAUCGCAUAGCGUCAAAGUAUGCCGAAUGGAGCUCAACUUCGCCAGCAAACUCAAUACGGACAUUCAAGAAUGGCAAGCAUCUAUUAACAGUCACAGCAGUAGCUGUCGGUAUCCCAACUCCACGAGUACUAAGCACUGCUACAUCAUCGACUACCACCAAGGACACCUCUGCCGAUUCAUCAAUGCAACGAUAUCAACAGUUUUUACAGCCCACCGAUGAAAACCCAAGGGGUAAAGCAUCUCUCACCAAAGCACUACCACCUCAACAACCUGUAUAUAUAUUCUCAGCCUCAAAGGACGGAGGCGUAUCGAAACACGACCUUGUCACUCGUAAAUUACUGUGGCAUGUUGCUGGUGGUGUCAAGCCUACCAAAAAGGUUACUGGUGGUCGUGACAAGAUGAUCCAUAUAUGGUCGGCGGUUGAUGGAACUCAUUUGGGUACAUUCAAACAACAUCGUGAUGCUGUUUCUGGCCUGGCAUUCCGCAAAGGACAGUACGAAUUAUAUUCUGCUUCAUUUGAUCGAACCAUUAAGGUUUGGAAUGUGGAAGACAAGACAUAUGUGGAAACAUUAUUUGGACAUCAAGAUUCCAUACCAUGCAUAUCCGCCCUCCAUACACACCGAUGUCUCACAUCUGGUUCUCGAGAUCGGACCGUCCGAAUCUGGAAAAUCCCUGAAGAAUCUCACUUGAUUUUUAGGGCUGGAACAUCAGGAGAUUCUGGAGACAUCCUUCUAGCAGCUGAAGAUCCAGAAGCUGCACGUCGUAUCAGACUACAGAACGCAAAGACAUUCGGUGGCAGUAUUGAUGUCGUGGAAAUGAUUACCGACGAAUAUUUUUUAAGCGCUAGUGAAAGUGGAAGUAUCUCGUUAUGGAAUGUAGGCAAAAAGAAACCACUCUAUACUAGAUUACGAGCUCAUAUAGUCAUCAAGCCUACGGAGACUGGCAAAGAUGCCGUAAUGAAUGUCGAUGGGUUUGCGGAUUCGACGGAUGAAAUCAAGUCAUGGCAAUGUUGGAUUUCAUGUUUGGCUUCUGUUCCGUAUUCGGAUAUGUUUGCAUCUGGUAUGUUUGCACCUGAUGGGAAUGUCAUAUGCGCCUGUGAUGGGUUUCUCCGUGUAUGGAAAAUCGCAGAAAACUUCAAAACAUUCGGACCUCUAUUUGAUAUUCCCAUGGACGGAUUCAUCAACUCUGCCAAAUUCUUUUAUGCGCCAUCGUUAGAGCAAGGAGAAGCUACAGCAGAUGAAAAGACAGCCAAAUCAUCAGACAGCCAGACGCUUUAUGUGGUAGCUGUAGGAGUGCUGGCUGCUGCUACUGCUUAUUUCAAGGAGGGAUUCGAUGAUGACCGUCGAGACUGCAGUCGAGAAAUACCCAAAAAAGAGAAAACUGGAGGUGGCCGAAUGACAUGUGGAAUUCAACAGUUUGAGUUAUACGUGUCUCUAGUCUCACUGCCUUCAACUCGUGCCGAAGGUUUCGUCCUUGAAAGCCACGAGGCCGAGCUUGGCUUCACUGGCCAAAAAGCCAAAGCACGUAGUGAGGAUUAA